AUGCUGGCAGAUAUGAACAGCGAUGAUCCUGUCGUUCGGUCCCGUGCGGUCCAAAGCCAUACUACGUUAUCACCGUUGAUACAACAACUCGUCAAGACCAAGAAAACCACCGGCGUCCAUUAUGCUGCUAGGAAAUUCAAAUCCCUUCAAGAGGCGUGUACGAUUCUGCAGGUAACGCAUGAUCCGGAGGAACACAUUUGGAAUCGGCAAGACAUCGACGAUGUUCCCUCAGCUACGCUCUCUUCUGGUGUGAACGGUGUUAUCCAACGACUUAAACACUCCGACUGA